GAUAGCCCCUUGGAAUUCCGUUUAUACACCCACAAUAUAAGAUACGACAAUAAAAAUCUUUGGGAGGGCGAACGCCCAUGGUCUGAAAGAAAAUACCUUAUCGCCUCCUCCAUCAAAUUUAACGCAAAAAAGAACACUUUGGUUUGCUUGCAAGAAGUCCUAUAUAAUCAAUUGGUCGACUUGAAACAACUACUAGGCGAUGAAUGGAACUAUUUUGGUGUUGGUAGAAAAGAUGGCAAGUUCUCCGGCGAAUUCAACCCCAUUUUUUAUCAGAAGAAAGACUGGAAAAUCCUAAACUCAAAGACUUUUUGGCUAAGUCAAACUCCAGAAAUUCCAAGCAAAGGCUGGGAUGCUGCUCUCGAAAGAAUCGUUGAAUGGCUACAUCUCCAAAACAUCCCCUCAAACAAAAAAAUAAACAUAUUCAAUACUCAUCUAGAUCACCAGGGUGUCAUUGCAAGAAGAGAAAGUGUAAAACUAAUCCUCCAAAGAUGCAAAAACUUAAACAACAACCCAAGUUUCUUCACCGGCGAUUUCAACACUGAGCCAGCAGACGAACCCUACCAAAUCGCCAGCAAACAACUCCUAGACACUAACAAAGCAGUCAAUGACAAAUUGAAUAGAUAUGCUCAUGCUGAUGAAAGCACUUACACUGGAUUUGACGGCGGAAUCGUUGAAAGAGCUAAAGUCAUUGACUAUAUCUGGGCCACAAAAGAUUCAAAAAAUAUCUUCAUUAAGUCCUUUGCCGUUUUGCAUUCAAAAUUCAACUUCUAUAUGAGUGAUCACAGACCGGUAUCAUCUGACAUCAUUCUCUAUGACGAU